GUUCCGAAUAUCUUUAUGAUUAGUUUAGAAUUAUGAUAAUUAGAAAUGUUAGAAUAAUUAGAUAGUUUAGAAUUAAUUGGAAAUGUUAUUAGAAUUAAUUGAUAUUAGGAGUAGUUUAGAUAAUUAGAAUAAUUAGAUAAUUAGAAAUAAUUCUAGAAUAGUCUAAUAGAUUUCUUAGAAAUAAUUAGAUGUGAUUAGGAGGUUAAUUGUUUAGUUACUGUUAAUGAUUAGAAUUAAACAAUUUUAGAUUAGAAUUACUUAGAUUUUAGAAAUAUUUAGUCUAGGUUAGAUAUAAAUAGAAUUUUGGUUCAAAAUUAACCCCUAACUGUGAAAUGACUAUUCUACCCCUAGGCUUAGAAAUAAUUCAAUUUUGCAUGCUCCCUUAAUUUUAGGACAUGUUGGUAUUUGAUUAAAUGAGCUUCAUGUGGAGUUUGAGCUUCUGUUCUGGACUUUUUCCCUCUUUUGACCCUAGGCUUCGACCUAGUGGUUUGGACUUAUCAUUUAAAUUGUGAUUUCAGGUUCAAGAAUACAUCCCCAUGAGUGAUGAUGCUCUUUCAUUUGAGCUUAACCAUUUGUUGUUGUUGGCUAACAAUAGUGUGUUUUGUAGGCCUUAAUGGAGGAUUCACUUGUGUUCAUGGAUUGCUCAUUGUUGUCUGACUGGAUUUGUCUGUUUGUGUGAUAUUGACUGUUGAUUGUUUGUUUGAAUUGUGUACUGACUGGUUGGCUAUUUACACAGGUACUUUAGUAGCUUUAACUCAUUGCUUGAGUUGCAUAGCUUGGUUUGUGGUUUGCUUACCACUGAGGUGUCAACCGGUGCGCGUAGCUUGUUUGCUCAGAUAUCCUGCUAGGGGCAACAAAUCCGAACUGAUGGGUCUUCCCAACGCCGACAUCCUUGAGCUGAAAGAGAUGAUGAAGGGAUUGUUCAGUAUUGUGCAAGGGCUUGCCUUGGGACAGAAGGCCAUGGCCGAAAGAUUGGAAAGGAUCGAAAAGUGGCUGAUGGUGGAGAAAGUUCAGGGAAAAGCUCAGUCAUCCGAGGUGGCAAAUCCCUCUGGCACUGUGACAAAGAAACUUUCUGACAGUGGUCCUUUCAAGAGGGAGGUUAAGCCAGUUGGUGUGCCGGUAAAAAGGGAACGUAGUCAGGAUCGUUAUCACCCUUAUGCUUCCACUGUAACCAUCCCUGUUGGUAAUCCACCUGCUCAACAGCAACAACUACCACCUCAACAGAAGGCGCCAAGGGUUAGGAGCCAGGUGAAGAAGAAAAAGGAGGAACGUCAGUUUGAGGAGCCACCUGUGACUUAUGCCCUCCUGUUCCAGAGGUUGAUGGAUCUGGGUUUGGUACGGCCGAGGAUAUUGAUUCCCAUAGAGCGGCAGAAUAGGCCUCCAAACUAUGAUGAGAAUGCUAGUUGUGUGUUUCAUUCUGAGAUGCCCGGACAUAGCAUUGAGGGCUGUAGAGCUUUUAAGCAUGUUAUCCAGGACAUGGUGGACUCUAAGACCAUCAACUUAGCACAGAUCAUGAAGGGGGAUGUCAACCCUGUGCCCAGGCGGGGUCCUGUGAAAGUCAAGAUGGUAAAGAAGGCCAAGAAAGGGAUGGAGGUGACUGAGGAAGAUCAGUUAAAAGUUCCAAUGGCUGUGGUCCCCAAAUCGCUGAGGCAGGAUGGAGCUUUCCCUGCUAUUGAUAAUACUUGUGCAACCGUCGCCACAGAGGGAGGUAUGCUGACAAGGGAUACCACCCAGAGGAUCAAGGAAGAGGAAAUAGACAAGGAAAAAUUUGAAACACCCAGUCAAGCAAUCGAAACCGCCAAGGUGGAGAAUGCUGUUGAGAAGGAGAAGAAGUUGUCCAUUUCUUCUUAUAAACAAGCUUUGGAGGUGGUGAAGAACAAAGAGGCCCGAGGCUGGGGAAGGAUCAUUGACAUAGUGGUAAAGGCAGACAUGUUCGGGAUUGGUUAUCCAGAUCAAGAGUCGUCUAGACCAAACAGAGGACGUCGUCCACCGUACAUCUUCGUCAGUGCAGGAAUGCUGAAUUCUGAUCAAGCUUGUUCAGUGAGUGAGGAGAUCGACCGUGACCGCGAGCUAGAGUUGUGGAUAAAGUCGUGCGUACCAGGCAACUGGAAGGCCUCCAAAAGCACCACUGUCGCUCAUCCGGAAGUGUAGUAUUUCUGUGUUUUGAUUUUGUUUGCAUGAAAGCCAUACGUUUUGCCCGAAACGUAAUGGUCCAUUGUAAGGGCCAUCUCAUGUGUUUCAUUGUGCAACAUUUUGCAUCGGUAAUAAAUGGAUGUUUUUGUGAUUAAAAGCGGUAUUCCCUGUUCUUCAUUUUUUGCAGUUUUAAAAAAUAAAAUAAAAAUGGAAAUGUUUUUAUUUUCUUUCCUUUUGACUCAUUUGGUUCCGACCUCAAAAGUGAUUACCCUCCUGAUCUCAUCGAUAACAAUUUGGUUACACCUCUAUAUGACUUCGACAAUCCAAGCUAUCAUGCCGAAGAAUAAGGCGAAGAAGAUUGUGAUCUGCUGGAAUUAGCUAGGUUGUUGAAACAAGAGGAGAAGGUGAUUCAACCACACGAGGAGCGAGUCAAGAUGGUAAUCCCAAGUACCACCGAGGUCAGGAAGUGAAAGUUGAGGCCGCUUCAGAGGCAAGUCAAGAACAGAAUGGUAGCCCUGUUAAAAGAGCAGGUUGAUAUGUGCGCCUGGUUGUAUCAAGCUACACCAGGGUAGAAUACCCAUGUUGUGGGGCACGAGCUACCAUCGAGAGAAGACUAUCCUCUAGUGAAGAAGAAAACCGGCGCCACGGAUCGAAGGUCUACAGUGACUUUGUUUCAUGAUAUGACUCAUCGUGAAAGCGAAUGCCAUGUUGAUGACAUGAUGACAAAGUCCCAAGCAGAAGAGGGGCACCCGGUGGACUUGAUCCAGUUGUUGACAGGUAGAGAUAACUCAUACCGUUGAGAUCGAAUCAGUGCACUUAUGGAGUGCUGUCCGGUGAACUGCCGAGGCUUGUUGUGGGCAAAUCAGAGGAAUCGAGGACGAUCCUGUGAACAAAAAAAAAAGAAGAAAAAAACAGAAGAAAAAAAAACAAUACUAGAGACGCCUGAACCAAAAAAAAAAGAAGAGAGAAAGAGAUCAAUGGUCAGGUGGAAUGAUGACUGCCAAGGGGCAUGGAAAGAUGAAAGAAAGAAUAAGUUGCAGGAACCUCCGAUUCUAAUGCCUCCCGUGGAAGGAAUAAAUGUUAACCUGGUACUUGACAGCCCUCAAGGGGUCUACGAGGUGUUUAUAGGGUCAGCAUGACUAGUCUUGUCGAAAAGAGCAUGCAAUUUACCUAAGCAAAAAGUUUAUCGACUGUGAAACAAUACACUCACUGCUCGAGAAAACUUGAUGUACUUUGGCAUAGGCUGCUCGCCGAUUGAGACAGUGUAUGCUGAUUCAUACCACCUUGUGGAUGUCCAAAAUGGAUCUGAUCAAGUAUGUGCUCGAGGAGACAGCGUUGACCGGACGGGUUGCGAGAGGGCAAAUGGUGUCAACUGAAUACGAUAUUCAGUAUAUCUCCCAGAAAGCAAUCAAGAGGAGGGUAUUGUAUGGUUAUCUCGCCCAACAACCCAUCGAUGAUUCUCAACCAAGGAAGUUUGAAGUCCCUGAUGAGGACAUCUCGAGGUACUCAAAUCGAAAGAUUGAGAGUGACCGAUCCCGGAGGAGGGGCCUGACCCUGAAUCCGAACGGAUUAUGAUGUCUGAUGGGGAGAGUUUAAAGUGAAUGAGCUAGUGCUUCCCCGAUAACAGUUGAAUGCACCAACGAUGGUGGCUGAGUACGAAGUCGGUAUCCUGAGUGUCGUACUUCGGUACGUGCAUCUACUGGGGCAACGCCUUCCUCACUCCGGUAUGGGAUGAAGGUUGUACUACCAUUUGAGACUCCGGUUUCGUCAUGGGGUCCCGUUGGACGUAGACUUGAAAAAGAUGAGUGGAUUAGGACUCGGUAUGACACGUUGAGCCUGACCGCGGGAAAAAGUUCGACAGUUACUUGUCAUGGGGCGGUUGUACCCAGUAAAUGAAGCGUGUUGUUAACCGAGAAGUGGGACCUCGUGGGUAGCAUGGAAGAGAUGUGAUGUUGAAAAAGAUCCUUCCUCCUCAACGAUCGUGGGGCAAAUGGAUAAGCAGUUAUGAAUGUCCAUUCGUGGUCAAAAAAGUCUCCUCUGACAGAGCUUUGUGAUCGAUAACCACGAAUGAUGAAGAUUUUCCAUCCCCUGUGAAUGCGGACGCAGUUAAAAGAUACUUCGUGAAAAAUUGACCCGCUGGACAAAAAGAAUAAAAGAGUCCAGGCAAAAAAGGGCAUCCCGGCGAACCAAGGAAAAAAGAGAAAAGGUUCGGGCAAAAGUUAGGGAUAAUGAAAAAACUGUACACCCGGCAAGUCGAAAACCCCACAAGGGCGACUUGGGCAAAAAAGGGUAUCCCGGUGGACUGAAACCCGAAAGGGCGGUCCAGGCAAAAGAGGGAUUGAAACGAACAACUACGUCCAGCAUGAUCGUUUGUGCUUUGGUUAAGACAUCUCAGCUAAUCUCCGACAGAGACCGAUUGGAAGCGUCCUGUUCGGAAGGCCGAAAGUGCGGAAAGUCUUGAGGACAUAUGGGGUGUAACCAAGUUGGAACCCGAUGAGAUCACGGUUUCACAUUGCCAUUAGGAUAGAUUUUUCCUUUUGUGCGCAAUCACCUCUUUCCAGGGUUUGCUUCCUGUGGGUUGCUCAAUUCUGAGCCAUCCUUUUUGUUUCGGUCAAUAAAGCGUGUGUUCAGUCAAAUAUUUUUGUUUUUGUUUUCAUUACCGCUUUGAUUACGAAAACAGCCGUUUAUUUUGAUAAGAAUAUUUGCAUUUUGAAACAUGGAGGUCCCUUCCGAUGCAUGCUUAUAAGAUUGAAAUCUGGAAAUCUUAUUCGGAAGUUUGAGUGACCAAGAUGUUGAAGUGUUGGCACGCCUGGGGCACGCUUUUAUCUAACAAUCUCUUGUGCAGGUGCUGUUAAAUAUCUUCAUUCGCUGACAGGUGGUGAUAUGAAGCCUUUUGAAAAAAAAAAAAGAUCCCCACAGAGUCCAACCAGGGGCAAGGGAUAGAAGAACAGUGAAAGGACGACGAAAGAAGGACGACGAUCCUGGGAGGGUUAAUCAAGAAGACUCUUCAAAGUCUAAAGACUGGAAAGUUUGCAUGGACCCCAGGAAUUCGAUCCUCGUGGGAUAGAUCAGAAAAGUCUAGACGAUUCUGGAAGUUCUCAAAAGCGGAAAGUCAACACUGUGGUAGGAUGAUGAACACCAGUGUUCGACGAAUCGAAGGGCGGCCCGUGUCCGAUAGGCCGUAUUUCCCCCAAUGGAUUUGAGACUGUCAUCUCCCUAGCAGAUUCGAGGUCGGUGCCUCCUCAGCAAGCCUGAAGGUUACCGUAUCCCCAGCGGAGUUGUGACUGUUUCCCAAGUCUGAAGCUGUCUUCCCAGCAGAGUUUGUGUUGAUGAUUCUCCCCCAGCAAGGUCCCCAAGCGGAUCGGGUUCGGCAAAAAUUAUCCCUGGUAGAGAUAAGGAUUGGUUGCCUCCCCUAGCAGGGUAAUCUCUAAGCAGUUCGGGUUCGAUGGAGUUCAUCCCCAGUAAGGUUUGUCUUUCCCCAGCAGGGUGGAAAUGGAAGUGGUAAUGAGAUCCUCAGCGCAGUUCCUGGAGUUCCCCGGUGCUGUCUCUGGGGGAGACGUGUUUUUAUGCAUUCAUCAUGUAGAUAAGCAUAACAUAUUGCAUCAUUAGUGUGUGGCAUUUCCAUGAUCAUGGAGCAUUACGCUAAAAAAAAAAAAAAACUCAUGCAUCUGCAUUGCACGCAUAUCCAUUAU